ACUGGAUACUAACAACCAACGAACGUGCAUAUGAUCACAUCCAUACAAAAUUGUUAAAUUGAUGUUUUAUCGUCCAAGAGUGGUCUUGUUAUUAUACAAAGUGACGGUGCAUUAUGAAGCUUUUUGUUGGACUGAUCGGUUUUAUCGCAGCCCUCCAGACUGUUUUAGGUGACGUCAGGAUUUUCGGAGAUCCCCUUGAUAGUUCUAGUCGUGUUCUAAUAUCUGGGGCAAGGCGUGUCUGGCUGUUGCUACACCUCAAACUAGAGACAGGGGUCAUCACACAAUUCAAAGCAUAUUUCCAUAAUGAGAAUCCCGUGAGGUUUCAAACAUGGCGAGAACUAGACCCAGUUAACCUGCCUGGUCAGUUAUACCUGGUGAACCAAAUACGAGUACAGGCCCAUUCCCCUGGAUUGAAACAGAUACAUUUGAACCAAUUCAAAAUGCUACACGUCAAAAAGGGAGACAUCAUUGGAGUAUUGCAUGAGAGAGAAGAGGCAACGAUUGGAUACCGUGAAGGGAGCAUUCCUUAUUUGUAUGGCAAUUUCCAAGGGACCGACUUUCCGAAUCCGUUUUUGGACGUCUUGAAGUUCUACAAGGGUGUCUGGAGAUUUAAACACUCUAUAGAGUUUGCGCUUGACACAGAUUACUGGAAAUAUCCCGACCCACCACCGACACCUAUAACACCAACGGCUCUCACCACGCCACCUAUCUCUAAUAUAACGACACCUCGAACCCCAACAACAACUCGUGCUCCAAUGGGCGCAGGACCAGCUUCACCUCUUCCACCAGACUUGGAUAAUACCAUAGUAGAAGAAAUAGAACCAGUUCCUAUUCCGAAAUCACGACCCAGAGAAAACGAUGGACCUAGAAGCGAUCAGAAAAAUGAUUCGGAUUUGCUCCAUAGCGGCAUCCUGGUGAUUGUUGGCGGAGCAGUUGGAGGAUUUGUUGUACUCAAUGUUUCCAUAGUCAUCGUUGUCGCCAUAUAUUGCACUAUGAAAAAACGAAAGAGUGAAACUCAACACGAAUACGUAAUAAAGGCUUGAACUAAUGAAAAACAAAAUGCUCACACCAAAA